AUGGCGACCUUUCUCAAUUCUCCGAACACACCUGCACCCGCACAUACCUUCUACCAUGAUGAUAGCGUAUCUCGAAGCCACAAGGCGAACCUAUCUGGCGCGACCAUGUUGGAUCUGUUGAGUGGUCCCGAAGGAUCAAUUGCUGCAGCCUAUGAGACCUCCAGUGUGCAUCAACGGUCUUCAAAAUCGCGGCGACCUUCUCAAACAUCUAUUACCAAAUCUCAAUUGCGCCAAACGAAUCGCACACUAGUCGAGAUUAUCCACAACGUCCAUGCUGAGUUAGCAACUCAGCGAGAAGCCAUGCUCGACAUGCAGACGCGAAUCGUUCAGCUCGAAGGCGCCUCGCAGAUACAGACCCAAGACUUUGCCCCACGCCAUACAAUCGCCGGGCAUCGCAAGCGGACUCAAAUUCGAAACGCAGAGGGUGCUACCCGCGAGACACAAAGACGGUGGGAUGCAUUCCAGAAGGAUGCCAAUAUGCUCGGUCCUCCCAUUGUCGCGAACGAGUUUUGGAAAUCACCUAGUCGUUUCUCUGGCUUCAACUUCAACUUUGACCUACUUGAGACAAUACCAAAGUCUCUCCAUCCUCCUCCAGAUGUGGAUGAUGUUCCGGACCUUACACCGGACGAGCAGCCGGAAGCGUACACGCCAGGUCAACGUCGGAUUCCUCCUAGGAUCACCCGAAUCAGGACAGCAGAUCCGACUACCAUGUACCACGACGCCGUGAGCGAUAUCCGAGAGCACGUCAUCGAGUUCGACAAGAUCAAGGUACCUGCACCACCGAAGCUUCAAACACCACCACGAAGUUCGCGUAGCAAAUUGGCGUCGAUGUACAGUCGAGACGACGAAAUCACGGCAUUGCCGCAGCUUCCUGUUGUGUCAACAUCAGCCGUACACAGCUCACAUCGCAGUCUUAUGAGCAUCAAGAGUUUGUUGUUAUACAGAACCUCUUCGAGAAGUCAAAAAUCCGACUACCCUCAGUCUGACCAUCGGCGUUCCGGCUCUUCUCUGCGCUGCUAA